GCGCGCUCUGCGCGUGCACAGCAGACGGUGGAGCUUCCCAGAGCCGGGCAGCUGGAGCCCAGCGGGUGCAAGUGACUCCGGAGGGCAUCUGGCGCGUGCGCGGUGAGUCCAGCCCGGCGACAGGAUGCCGCCAGGAGGGCUGCGGGGAAACAGCUGCUGGACAGAUGAGAAUCUGUGGACAUGGCUGACUCUGGAGCAGAUGAGGCCUCUUCCAAGCCAGAGAGUCCUGAGCAGGAAGACCAGGGCUCUGAGGACAGAUCGCUGCUCCAUCAGAGGCUAGCCAUCAGAGAGCUCAUUGACACAGAAGUCUCCUACUUGCACACGCUCCGACUCUGUGCCUCUGACAUCAGAAGCCACCUACAGCAGCUGCCACCAGGCGAUCUGGACAUCCUGUUCUCCAACAUCGAUGACAUCAUCCAAGUGAGCAGCAGGUUCCUUCGAGGGCUGCAGGAGACAGCCUGCAGGGAAGAGGAGCAAGCGCACCUGAUUGGUAACUUAUUCUUGGAAUUCCAAGAGGAGUUUGAACAAGUCUAUAAAGUCUACUGUGCCAACUAUGACCAGGCCCUGCUGCUGCUCAAGGCGUACCAGAAGGAGCCAGAACUGCAGAAGGAGAUCCAGGGCAUCAUCGAAGCUGCCAUGCCACAAGCUGGACCUUCGGGUCUCAGUUUCUUCCUUGUGAUCCCUCUGCAGAGGAUUACCAAGUACCCCCUCCUGCUGCAGAAAAUCCUGGAGAACACACCUGCAGAUGCCAGCGCCCACCCUGCUCUUCAGAGAGCCACCUCUGCCCUCCAGGAUGUGAACGGCAAUAUCAACGAAUACAAGAUGCGCAAGGAAGUGGCCUUAAAGUAUACCAAAGUGGAGCAGCUGAGCCUUCGGGAGCGGCUGGCCCGCAUCAACACACAUACUCUUUCCAAGAAGACCACCAGACUGAGCCAGAUGCUGAAGCAGGAGGCAGGGCUAGUAUCCCGGACAGAAGACAAGGAAUUUGAUGACCUGGAGGAGAGAUUCCAGUGGGUGUCUCUUUGUGUGAAGGAGCUCAGAAACAAUGUGGUCGAUUUCAUGGGUAAUCUGGAGGUUUUCCUCAGCUUCCGGCCACACGAACGGUGCCUGGAUAUCCCCGGGGGACCUGCGGAGCAGUACUGCAGCCUAGCGAGGGACCUUAAGCUCCAUGCCUUUCUGCAGUUUAAGCAGCGGCUAAGAAGCCUGGUGUGGCAACCAUUGUGCAGUCUGGCCAGAGCCCUGGCUGGCCCUCAGAACUUGAUCAAGAAGCGCCUGGACAAACUCCUGGACUUCGAUCGAGUAGAGGAGAAGCUGUUGGAUGUGGGCAGCGUGACCUACGAGGAGGAGGCAGCCCGGCACGAAUACCAGGCCCUCAACUCCUUACUAGUGGCCGAGCUCCCACAGUUUAACCAACUCGUCAUGCAGUGGCUGGGUCAGAUCCUGUGCACGUUUGUGGUCCUCCAGAGAGACCUCGCCGAUCAAGUGCUACGAAGGGCAGAAAGCAGCAUGGCUCUGCUGCCUCAUCACCACGUCUCAGAGCCAGACUUCCAGAAGCUGCUGGAGCACACACUAGGCCAGAGCAGCAGUCAGCUCCGCCUCUUUCAGGAGAACUUUGAGAAGGUGCUUCCACCCUCCACCACUCAGCCACUCCUUCCAGGGUCUGAACACCAGAUGCAGGCUCUCCUUACCAGAUAUGGCCCUGAGAAGCUAUACCAGGUGUCAAACAACAUCAACGGGACUGGGGCUCUGGACCUGACCCUGCUGCGGGGCCAAAUCGUGGCCCUUCUACAAAACAAGGAUACCAAAGGCAACAACAGUCGCUGGCUGGUAGACACAGGGGGACACCGGGGCUAUGUGCCAGCUGGAAAACUUCAGUUAUACCACCCCAUCAUUCCCAGUGAGAAGGAGCUCAGAGGCCAGACAGGGACACAUGAAGACUCCUGGCUUCCAGCCCCAGAGCCCACCCAGCUCUCUGUUCCCACUGUCUCAACCACGAGUCAGGUGGUGGCAGUGUACCCUUUUGUGGCCAGAAGCACCCACGAGCUGAGUCUACAGGCAGGCCAGCCUGUGACCAUCCUAGAGGCCCAAGACAAGAAGGGGAACCCAGAAUGGAGCCUGGUGGAAGCAAAUGGACAGAGGGGCUAUGUGCCUUCCAACUUUCUGGCCAGGACCCCAAGCCCAACUCCCUGGGGCUGGAAUCUUCCCUCUUAGGAUGCCCUCUUUGGAACCCCCAUUCCUAAGGACUGAAAAGGUGUAUGACCUAGGGGACAUGGCACAAAGCACAGUGGGAAUGGGAUCAGUGUGAAGGGCACCCAGAAGUCAGCAGGAAGUGGUGACUAGGCCUUACAGAAUGCCUAGUGUGGGAGGCCACAGUGGGUGGCUCAGCAGUGCCACUCUUGUCUGCAUAAAGAAGCCAUCUCAAGGCCACAGCUGAUUAGCUAGGGCUUGCCACAGCUCGAAGCUCAUCCUACCUCUUCCCUCUCUCAUGUCUAGGAUGAAUGUUGCUUGUGUUACUCACAGGCAGGGCAUCUCUGAAGAAGACCAGACCUGCCUGGCUUGAUAGUACACUUCCCCCAGCGUUGCCAGGAAACACCACGGCUCACUAGUCAUCUUUUCUUUCUUGCUGCUUUGAGUUACUGUGAACAGUGAACUGUGGAGAGUCCUGCUCAAGGGGAAGCCAUGGGCCUAGGUUCUGAGGAGAUCCUCUACUGGGUCUGGGAAUGGGUGUGGUCUCUGCACAGGUGUGUACAAACUCGGAGGUGGUUCCAGGGAAGAGGGGAAUUUGAGGGUGGAUCAGUGGGUGUGCGAGGCUGAUUGCAAUGGUCUAGACUCGUGGUGUUUUCUUCAGACUAGGAGACAAAGGAACUUGGCAGUCAAUGCUGGUGGAGCUCUGUGAGACAGGUGACUACUGGCCUGGCGCUCUGGGUAGGUGAGGGAUGGUGUGAUUUCCUGGUUCUGGGUAGAAGAACCAGAGAACACAGGUGGCCUGGGUUUGCCUCUGAGGCCAUGGAGGCUGCAGGGAGCUGAGGUUGGGUAGAUGUGAGGCCUAAGACGUAGGACACAAUUGCAUUUUUCCACCUAGGAAAAUAACCAAGUCGUGGGAUGUGGUAAGGAUGUAUGUCAUGAGGCUGAGGAUCCUUGUCAACCAGGAAGCGUGACACUAACAUAAAGACUGUUAGUGGCGUUGGGAUGGUGCAACCAUUGGCUGGCUUGAGUUAGCAGAGUAAAGAAGUCCUGUGCCACCCCUCAUGCCCAAGCCAACAGUGUCCUUUUCCUUAAGCCCAGGCUCUGACCCCAGGCACAAUCAGCAUGGAUUAACAAUAGACACAUUUCGAGACAUGCCCUGUGUCUUAGUCAGGGUUUCUAUUCCUGCACAAACAUCACGACCAAGAAGCAGUUGGAGAGGAAAGGGUUA